GUGCAGCGGGGCGGCCCCGCGGCCGCGCCGGAGGAGGAGGAGGAGAGGAGGAGAAGAGGACGAGAGCGCUCCCGCGGGCGGCAGCGGAGCGGCGGCACCAAAAAACUGCGGCACGCAAAUCAGGAGGGAGCAGCGAGCAUCACACCAGAGCCGCCCGGUUUCUGAUUGCUCCGCGGCAGGAGCGGGGAGAGACGCACACACACACUGAGAGAGAGAGGGGCGAGCGGUGGAGACGGGGGGGACGGCGACGGGAGAAGGUUUCGGCGAUGCCGCCCUGCAAGUUUUUCUUGAUGCGUUCGGGAGCGUGAAGGAGGUUCACCGGCGCUUCUCGCCCUCCUGCCCCGGGAGCUCGGCGGGGCGGGGGCGAGACACUCCAAGCCUGAGAAGCUGAAGCCCCUCGGCGCUGCCUCCGGCCGGGGAUGCAGGGCACCGUGCGGCGUGGCCGGGGGAGAAGGCUGCUCCCGCCGACGAGGCUGCUGAGGCUGCCAGGGGCGCUCCUGCGGGGCUGAAGGUGCCACCGGGCAGAACAGCGGGAGGGAGCGGGGCGCGACCCCCGAGUCCUCGCCACCACCGCCUCGAAGUUGCCGGAGCUCUCCCGGUUCCCAGGGCGGCUGCCGUGCCCCGGGACCCCGCCGGUGGAUGCUCCCGCCCCGGCCCGGGCAGCCCCCGGUGGCAUCGCGGGCAGUGCGGGCAGCGCAUCCCGCGUCCCCCCCGCGCCGGCCUGAAGGAGGACGGGUAGCCCCCGCGGGCCGAGGGCGCGGGGGGCACCAGCCAUGGGGUGUUGUGAGAUGAAGGGGUUAUUGCUCUGGAGAGUCGGCCUCUUCCUCCCCCUGGUGACAGCGCGCCCCGCCGCCGCCGGGCACGUCGCCAGCAACCACGUUGUGUUACUUGAUACCACAGCUGCUCUUGGAGAACUGGGGUGGAAAACGUUCCCUUUGAAUGGGUGGGAUGCCAUAACUGAAAUGGAUGAACACAACCGUCCCAUUCACACUUACCAGGUGUGCAACGUGAUGGAACCAAACCAAAACAACUGGCUUCAAACCAACUGGAUCUCCCGGGAUGCUGCACAGAAAAUCUACGUGGAGAUGAAGUUCACCCUGAGAGACUGCAACAGCAUUCCCUGGGUACUGGGAACCUGCAAGGAAACUUUCAAUCUCUACUACAUGGAGUCAGAUGAGUCUCAUGGAGUAAAAUUCAAGCCAAACCAGUACAGUAAGAUUGAUACUAUUGCAGCUGAUGAGAGCUUUACCCAGAUGGAUUUGGGCGACCGCAUCCUUAAACUUAACACGGAAGUCCGUGAGGUUGGGCCAAUAAACAAGAAAGGGUUUUAUCUUGCUUUUCAGGACAUUGGAGCCUGCAUUGCUUUGGUUUCAGUCCGUGUUUAUUACAAGAAGUGCCCUUUCACUGUCCGGAAUUUGGCCAUGUUUCCUGACACGAUCCCAAGGGUGGAUUCUUCCUCUCUGGUGGAGGUUCGGGGCUCCUGCGUGAAGAGCGCUGAGGAACGGGACACCCCAAAACUGUACUGUGGGGCAGAUGGGGAUUGGCUCGUGCCUCUGGGACGGUGCAUCUGCACCGUGGGAUAUGAAGAACUGGAGGGCUCCUGCCAUGCUUGCAGGCCUGGAUUCUAUAAAGCUUUUGCUGGAAACGUGAAGUGUUCCAAAUGUCCUCCACAUAGUUUGACCCAUGUAGAAGCAACUUCUGUCUGUCAGUGUGAAAAAGGUUAUUUCAGAGCUGAAAAGGACCCACCAACCAUGGCAUGUACCAGGCCACCUUCUGCUCCGAGGAAUGUGGUUUUUAACAUUAACGAAACAGCUCUGAUGUUGGAGUGGAGCCCCCCGAGCGAUACUGGAGGGAGAAAGGAUCUCACUUACAGUGUCAUCUGUAAGAAAUGUGGGUCGGAUGCCAGCCAGUGUGAGAUCUGUGGAGGAGGCAUCCGCUUCAUCCCCAGGCACACGGGGCUCAUCAACUCCUCAGUGACGGUGCUCGACUUCGUGUCGCACGUGAACUACACCUUCGAAAUCGAAGCCACCAACGGGGUCUCGGAGCUGAGCUUCUCUCCCAAGCAGUUCACAGCCAUCACGGUGACCACAGACCAAGAUGCACCCACCUUGAUAGGUAUGGUAAGGAAGGACUGGGCUUCCCAAAACAGCAUUGCCCUCUCCUGGCAAGAGCCGGACUUUCCCCAUGGAGCAAUUCUGGACUACGAGAUCAAGUACUAUGAGAAAGUCUACCCACGGAUAGCGCCGGCAUUUUGGCACUACCUGCGGGUAGAAGAGCAUGAGCAGCUCAGCUAUUCCUCCACAAGGUCCAAGGCUCCAAGUGUUAUCAUCACAGGUCUCAAGCCAGCCACCAAGUAUAUAUUUCAUAUCAGAGUCAGGACGGCAGCAGGAUACAGCGGCUAUAGCCAGAAGUUUGAAUUUGAAACUGGAGAUGAAACUUCUGAUAUGGCUGCGGAGCAGGGGCAGAUUCUUGUCAUUGCCACUGCUGCUGUUGGCGGAUUCACUCUCCUGGUCAUCCUCACUUUGUUCUUCCUGAUCACUGGGAGAUGCCAGUGGUACAUAAAGGCCAAAAUGAAAUCUGAGGAGAAAAGAAGGGCUCAUUUGCAAAAUGGACAUUUGCGUUUCCCAGGACUCAAAACAUACAUUGAUCCAGACACGUAUGAAGACCCAUCUCUUGCUGUCCAUGAGUUUGCAAAGGAGAUAGAUCCUUCAAGAAUUCGUAUUGAAAGAGUUAUUGGGGCAGGUGAGUUUGGAGAAGUGUGCAGUGGACGUCUGAAGACACCAGGAAAAAGAGAGAUCCCUGUUGCAAUUAAAACUCUAAAAGGUGGCUAUAUGGACAGGCAAAGGAGAGAUUUCCUGAGGGAGGCCAGUAUCAUGGGACAAUUUGAUCACCCGAAUAUAAUUCGCCUCGAAGGAGUUGUUACAAAAAGAUCCUUUCCGACCAUUGGGGUGAAGUCUCUUUCGAGAUUCCUGAGGGCGGGAUUUUUAAAUAGCAUCCUGGCCUCACAUCCAGUGUCAGGAGGUGGAUCUUUACCCCCCAGCAUUUCCUCUGGCAGACCAGUAAUGAUUGUAGUUGAAUACAUGGAGAAUGGAUCCCUUGACUCCUUUCUGCGGAAGCACGACGGCCACUUCACAGUCAUCCAGCUGGUUGGAAUGCUGAGGGGGAUUGCCUCUGGCAUGAAGUACCUCUCAGACAUGGGGUACGUGCACCGGGACCUGGCAGCACGGAACAUCCUGGUCAACAGCAACCUCAUGUGCAAAGUCUCCGAUUUUGGUCUGUCACGAGUGCUGGAGGAUGACCCUGAAGCUGCUUACACGACAAGUGGUGGAAAGAUCCCCAUAAGGUGGACUGCUCCUGAAGCCAUAGCUUACCGCAAGUUCUCUUCGGCGAGCGACGCAUGGAGCUACGGGAUUGUCAUGUGGGAGGUGAUGUCCUACGGGGAGAGACCGUACUGGGAGAUGUCAAACCAGGAUGUUAUCCUGUCUAUUGAAGAAGGCUACAGGCUUCCAGCUCCCAUGGGUUGCCCAGCUUCUCUUCACCAACUAAUGCUUCACUGCUGGCAAAAGGAGAGGAACCACCGUCCAAAAUUCAGUGACAUUGUCAGCUUCCUGGACAAAUUGAUCCGCAACCCAAGCACCCUUCACACCCUAGUGGAGGAUGUACUUGUAAUGCCAGAUUCACCUGGUGAAGUUCCAGAAUAUCCUUUGUUUGUGUCAGUCAGUGACUGGCUGGACUCCAUAAAAAUGGGUCAGUAUAAAAAUAACUUCAUGGCAGCAGGUUUCACAACUUUGGAUAUGGUCUCAAGAAUGAAUAUUGAUGACAUUAGAAGAAUUGGAGUUGUACUCAUUGGACACCAGAGACGAAUAGUCAGCAGUUUACAGACUUUGCGGUUACACAUGAUGCACAUACAGGAGAAAGGAUUUCAUGUAUGAAAGUACUAGAACCAACUGUGUUUUGUGCCUCAGCAUUUCUAAAGUGGAAAAAUAUUCUCAUUCUUUCCUUCUGCUCUUCCCAACUUCGAGGACUGCAGUCUCCUGUUCAGACUAUACAAGUACUUCAAUGAUAAUGCUUCCAAACUGGAGUUUUUGAUAACACUGCACAGCUCCUCCACCAGUUAUCUGCCGAUAAAAUCCUGGCCUACGGCAAGACUCUUGCUACACAUUGAUGAAUAACUCAGCAUGGAUGUGUAACUUUGUAUAACAGUAUUUGGGAAACUUUCAUGAACUUACUUGAAAGUAGUAAUCUAUUUGGCCUGGUGUGGCUUCUUUAUCGAUGUAUUUAGAGUUUGCUGGUAGAUCAAAAAAGUAUUUGACUUAUUUCAUGUUCUGUGACCAUGUAACUUCCAAUACGAAAUGUGCAAUCAAAAAGAAGUUUAACAUAAAUAUUUAUUUUAUCUCUUAAUUAAAUCCAAAUGUAUGGGUCCUAUCAUUAUAUUACUUUAUAACAGUUUGAAAGCUGGUAAGAUGGUGCCUCAAAAUAUUACUAUUGUUUGCAGAAACGACUGAUGAUUUUAUGUAGCGAGUUUUCAUUGUGUGAAUAAUUGGAAGGAUAAUGAGAGUAAUCUGUUUGAAAUCUUAAGGAAGGUCUUUGAUUUUUAAUUACUUCAGCACUCGACACUUUUUAUGCUUUAAAUUUUUAUUGGAAAACAUGUUCAUCCCUGGGAUUCCUCACCAUCCUUCGUUGUUUUUUUUUUUUUAAUGUAAUACUCAGCAUUUGCUUCUACUACAUGGCAAAUAUUCACCAGAAAACUGAUUGUAACGUUUCCAUGACCACAUGUAAAACACAAUUGUCAGCUGCAUUGCGGCCACAUAGACUUAAGAAAGCUUUCUGUUCCAGAAAUGCAAGUCUCUGCUGCUUGGACUUGGGCUUAAUUCCCACCAGCAGUAGCAGACCUUAGAGGGCCAGCCAUCAGAGGGGUGAUGUGGUUAUUCCCGUGGGAGCAGGCCAGCAGUGUCCUCCUCCAGUUGCGGGCAGCGGUACAACCACCCGCUGAUGCUGGAAGUUACACGCUGCAGGAUUCAGUUAUCUUGUACAUGGGCAGGAAAGGAGAUGUAGGACAGCAGUGUGGCAACAUGUUGCCUUGACUCUGCUUCUGACUGCUUUUAGAAGUGAAAAAGCAGAUUCUAUGGAGGUCUGGCCACUACAGGCUGGAUCUUCAUUUAAUACAAAUAUCUAAAGGACAUCCAUGAUAAUUACCUUUAGAACCCUUCAAUAGCCAUAUUUACAUGCAAGAAAACGUCUGCAAAGGCCUGACAUAAUAUUUGUACCUCUCUUAAGACUUACAGCUUUCAUGUUUUAUUCAGACAACUCACAGGGACGUGCUGGGCUACACUUCCAAAUUUUUGCAUGGGAUAUGCACUACUGGGAAGAGGGGAACGACCGCAUGUCUGUGUGCUGUGAAACCACACACAGAUCUACAAUGCAUGUCACAUGUAACCUGGCUGCAGAUGCUUUUUGUUGACUUAUACGUGGUUUGGAGGAUAUUUUUGAGUUAUGUGGCAUUCCAGUAUACUCAAGCCUUACAACUCUUCUGUUGAAACGUGCAUCUUGGGUAAUUAGUAUAAUAUGUGUGUAUAUCAAAAUGAGCUGACUACUUUAUGUAAUCAUAACGAUAUUUACCGCUUAAUUUGCAGCUUGUAAAUGUAUUUCCUAACUCUUGGAAAAGGCUGCCAUUGCAUAUCAGUGGCAAAGAACAAAAAUCAGAAAGUAAAAAAGAUAAUGCUUCCAACCAGAUCACAGAGUAAGACACUCUAGGUCUGAUUCCUGUUGUCACUUUAUGUUGGAAUAACUGCAUUAAUUUAGAAGAGAUAACAACAGUGCACUAAGUAAACUUUCCUUUCUUUCAUUUAAAACAAACAAAAAAAAGGCAGAUUUAACUGAGGAGCAAGUUUCAUAAAGAUCAAGAUUCACCGGGGUGUUCCACAAGGCCAGUUGGAUGAGCUUGUUGAAAGCAGGGCAGCUCCAGUCCUGUUCUAGCUACAAAGGUAAUUUUGGCAGCAUGAGCAGUCCCCCUUAACUCAGUUGGACUGCACAAGCAUGUGUGUUUUGCAGGAUCACAGGCCUUCAGUGGGGGGAAAAAAAGUGUCUGUUCUUUCCUGUGACUGUCACUUGAAAAAUUCCACCCCGAUUCCACAUCUGAAUAAUUUUUUGGUAAAGGUUCUCUUAUGGAAAGAAAGUCAUACUUACCUGAAGCCGAGAGUAAUUUGAAAGCUGAUUUUCCUUUAUCAUUUAAUUAUCCAUUUUGCUUGCCAUUGCUUCCAUGGGCCAACAAUGGGACAUGUGUGGAAGAAGACUCUCCCACAAUUAAAUACAUUACUGAUGAGGUACGAGUCUGCUAUUUGUUAAUGGGGUUUCAAAACCAUCCAUAACUGAUCCAAACCAUGUAUGUAUGUGCACUUUCAGAUUGUCUUUUGCAAGAUUUUUCAUUCCUGGUAGUGAGGAUUGGCAGAAUGACAUUGUUACAUGCACACAACCUGGAUAUAUUUCAUGAAAAUAUAUUUCUAAAUUUAUCACACUACUGAAAAUAUAUUUUCAAUAGAAAAAAUAUAACAAUAUUAAAACAUUUAUUAAUCAGAUAUAUUUUUUAUAUAACCAGUGUUUGGGUAACCAGAAAGGAAAGAACAAGGGAUUCUUUGAGUGAGGACAUUUAUUAAUAACAUUGUAAAUCCAGGAUUUUGUGAGUUUAUACAGUUUGUUUUUCUGUUGUUGUUGUGGUGCAGUAUGACACUUCUAUAAUAGUUAUCUUGAUCAAAUUUACAUUUUCCUCAUUUUGGAAACAUUUUAUUUGCUCUUGUGCUGAGUCCAAGUCUACUCUUGGUUUGGGUUUUUUUCCUAAUUUUUCAUUUAAAAACAAACAAAAAACCUAACAGGUGUUAUUUUUCAAAUGUGAACUUAAUUCUGUGCAGGCCACAAAUGUAUAUGUGAAAUUAGACUAGCUGUCUUUGUUACAGUGGACACUUUCUUCAGGUGAAAAUUAGCUCUAAUUAUCCUGCAUAUUGCAGUAUGCAGUUGGAGUUUAAAUUUCACAAAUUUAAGCAAAUUUAGUAGGCUGUUUCUGAGAACCUGGCCCACAUUACUGAGUGCAUCAUGACUAAAAGCAGUCAUUGAAAGUUCACAAAAUAAAGCAUGUGUGAUAUGCAAGCAACAGCAAAAAAGGCAUUAAAAUGUGGGCAUCAUAAAGACACAAUUCCAAGUUAUUUAUAAGUAAUAUUCACGUGUAGAUUUUUCUCACCGCUCUGAUUUCAUUGAUCUAGAAUAAAAUCAUCUAUGGGCACUAUUACCACCCAGUGAUACUUGUGUAUCACUUAAGCCUCCAAGACAGCUUAAGUGAGGGCCUUGACUGCUGAGCAGGACCAGGGCAGUGUCUCUUGGCUGGUACAUGCACCCCAUCCCUUUCCAUUGUGUGGCCAAUCCCAGUGCUUCCAAAGCUGACUGACAACCCACCUGGACAUGCAGCCAAGUGGGGUGGCCAUCUAACCUAGAAACCAUAUCAGUCGUCCUUACUACCCCCACUUGUCAGUCAGAGGCCUGAGACCUCCUGGGAGGAAUCCUUCUGACCUAAUUUUGGAGGUCUGCAUUUAAGCUGGUCACCCGAGGCUCCCUUUUAAUCAGCAAAGUGGGCUCCUGUAAGAUGUGAGUCAUCUGAAAAUUCUAUCUAUCUAUCUAUCUAUCUAUCUAUCUAUCUAUCUAUCUAUCUAUCUAUCUUUAAAUAAAACUAUCUACUUCUGGGUUAGAUGAAUUGUGCUAAAGAAGCAUCUGUUUCUCUGCAUUCAGUGAUAGCUCAUAUCCAGCCAUCUGUGCUCAGUCAGAUGAAUCUCAUGCCAUAAUUGUAUCCAGUCCUCAUGCUGAACCUGUGAAAAAGAGAGGAGCUUGUUCAUAAUGCUGAUGUUAAAAUUGAAAAAAUCAUAGCAGAAGGUUUAGUAGAUUUUAGUCAUGAGGUGUUUCCACACUGGAAUUACUGAGAAGCAAUAGGAUGUCAUGAGGUGAAAGGAAGAGAAUUGGGUGAUGUAACUUAAAUUAUUUUUUAAACAAAAGUUAUCCUUUUUGUUUCCCAGCAACAUAAAUCCAGUGUCUGUCCAAAAAAAGCUUAGACACAUGCUAUGCUUUAGGACAUCAGCCAAGACUUUUCAGCAUAAGGCAAUCCUUUAAUUUCAAUCAGUGCACUCAACAACUAAUUCAAAUAAAUUAGUUGCUCUGGACAAACAUUCUUCUCCAAAAUUGUGCUAGGUGUUAGCUGGAUUAUUCUGGCACAGAACUCAUAGACUGCAGUACUUUGAUUUUUACAUCAUUUAAGACUGACUAUCCAUUUGCCAUUUUUUUUUACAUAAUGAGCCUAACAUGGGCUUCAAUAAUUUCUUUUGCAGUUCAGAUUCCUACAGGAUCCAAAGGUGGGUCAUAAGUAAUAUACAGACACCCUUUAUCCAGGUGCAGUUGAGAUUUACCAUGUGCAGUAGCUGGGACUGUGAAGGUGCCCACUGAUACUCUAUUAAUCUCAGCAAUUUCCAUGUCAGAAUGACCCCAUGGGACUGUAUCAGCACAGAGAACUCGCUUCUAAUCCAGUCCAACACAUCUUUAGUUAUGGUCAUAAUAAAAAGUCUGUCUUCCAUUGCAUCUUCUAGGGAAAGUACUACACAUAGAGAUACUUAUGGUAUUUGCACAUGGUUAAGAGCACUGUAUUUAUUCUGUUAAAUAGUUUUCUUCCAGAAUACCCUUGUUUACCAGUUGUAAUUGAUCUUCCUUGAAUAAAUGGCAAAGAUAAUUUUUUUUUUCUUUUUUAUAAUAGUACUCUUUCUUUUUUUUUUGAGGGUGAGGAAAAGACACGUUGGGCUGGGCUAAUUCUUAGUAGGACAACGAUCUUGAAAUCUCCUGGGGAGACAAAUGAAUCAGUACUGAAAAGGAAAAAAGAAUCCCUGAAGUCUACAAUAAAGUAAAAAGGGAAGAACUGUCCAUGUUGUGCCAAGGAGCUCUAACAAAACCACAAAGGAGUUGUAUAAGAGAGUUGCAGGUAGUUACAGCUCACACACAUCUUCUACCAUCAAAUACUGUAUUUAGUGGUGCACACUGCUCAUCCAUGAGUGCUAUGGUUGUAUAUAGUUCCUCAGAUUAUGAACCUGGAUAAGGCAAACACAUUAGGGUUAUAAAACAUUUGUCUAUAUGUACAUAAAGAACUGUAAAUAUAACGUAUAUCAUCAUGUCUGAGGUUUUUCAAGCCUACAAAUUAAUUACCUAUUACCAAUAACAAUAAUGGGGUUGAUCAGCUCCACUGGCUUUUAAAAUGUUUAAUGGCAUGCAUUGUAUGUGUGUAGCUCUUCCCAAACUUCCUUGGCUUGUUAUCUGAAAAGGGACAGCCUCUCUUUUCCUCCACUGGCAGAAAAAAAAAGAUUUUCAAACUGGCUUACAGAAAGCUGAUUACCCUUCUACUGCCACCUCACCCAACCCCUUCCUACUGGUUCCCUUCCAGAGAACAACCAAUUACUGUAGAAAUCAGUGAUCACACAGAGAAGGCAUUAUUAUUAUAAUAAUAAUUAUUACAAUAAGAUGUAGUCCAUGCUAUAAAAAGUUUGGGCUCCUAUGCUGAAGUCACCGAAGAUGUUUAAGCAGUAUAUAAAUUAUUUUCUUUUAAGUAGCCAUUUUUAGACACUUUGGAGGUUAAAAUGAGGGAAUAUGGGAGUAUGAGUAAGGAUACGCCAGCAUAUAGUAGGAAAAGAUGUACUGCAUUUUAGAAAGGAAAACUAACAAAAAUGAUGAAAAAAAUAAGGUUGAAAAAUGAAUGAGUUAAAAUAUAUUUCCAUAUUUUAUAUGUGAAAUAAUGUAAUGCCAGUUCAGUGAAAUCUAUUUGUGUGUAUGUUCCUUUAAAUAUCUUACAUGAGUAUCUCUUACCUUUAUUUCCCAAAAGAGAUUUCUCAAGUACCUCUCUCUUCCACAAAAGUCUAGCAUAUUAUCUGACUUUUCAUACCUGUGUAAUUAAACCGGAAUAAAAAAUGCAAGUUCUGACACUGAAGACACAGGGGAAAAAAUACAUUUAAAAGAUCAGUCUCAAAGUAAUUUGAGGUUUUCACACGUGUUCUUCUCUCUUCCUGUCCAAAAUUUUGACCUAUAUCAAACUAUCUGAGCACUUUGAAUAGUAGUUGAUUGCACACAUGUAUCAGGAGUAAUCUAAGUGCUCAGAAACUCCUGAAUCUGUAAACACUUAUGUGUUUCUGCAGCUUAUUUCAUAUAAGAAGGCUGAUUUGAAAUGAAACCAUAUACAUGAGCAGGACUUGCAAAUCAAAAUUCCUAUAAAAUAUUUUUAGAGCAGCAUGAGAGAACAGAUUUUGUCAUUCUUUUAAACUUCAGUACCAUAUAUAGUUUCCUUGAGGAGUCCAGUAUAUUCACUGAUCCCAUCACAAAAUCUCCUGCAUAUAUUCUUGAUAUACAAGUAGAUAUUGUUAAAAUUUGAGAAUAAACCAUAAUAUUAUACUAGUACGUCUUCAUUACUGAAAAUUCAAUGAAGAACUGUUAAGCAGCAGCAUGUAUGUUGAGCAUGGUAGGUAAGCCAAACCCCUGGGACUUAAAACUCACAAAUCAAAGAGAAAUCUAGCUCUCUGUGUUCUGAACUAUGUGAUGACUGGGGCCUUGACUGUGUAGAAUUGACCUUGUAUCUGGAAUCCGAAAAAUAAGAUUUUGGACAAAUCUGCUUUGGAAUCUAAAUAUUCAUUUCUGUUUGUGGAUGAUGAAAAAGUUCCCAUUGAAACAGUCUGGGGAGUAUUUUCACAAUAUCAUCACUGCAUAACACUCUGAGUGAUAGGAAAAAAAAUCUACUUGCUGAGUUUCCAGGAUCCAGUGUAUGACAAAAAAAACCCAGGUACAGUUGUCAUUAUUUAGAUUAGAAUGUCCAGCAGAUGCAGUUCUGUAACCCAUGAAUACUUGUCCUUAUUGUUGCAUACUGACUUUUUUGAGAGGAACCUAAAUAAACAGUGAAGAAUAGAACUAUCCAGUUAAGAGUGGCUUACAAACUGAGUUUCAGGCCAAGCUUGACUUGAAAAUGAUUAAGAAGCAAAAAGGAAAAGCAUAAUAGUAUUCUUUUUUUCUUUAGGAAGUUGAAUGCUCUGAGCUGUAAAACUUACCAUCACAGUCUCUAUAUAUACACUAGAUUAGCUGAAAAAGACAAAGGGCAGCCAGUGUUCCAAAUUAUUUCAGUUACUAAAUGUCAAACUCACAAGUUCCGUUUUUGUCUUGGGAAAGUUCUGCUCUAAAACACCCUGUAUUUCCAAAUCCUGCUGAGUGAUUUUAAUAACCUUCUUGAUAGAGUAAUUCCUGGGACAGUGAUCUAACUGUGAGGAAUUAAAUGUUUCUGUGUCAACAGGCAAUGUGCUUGCUGUGAUCAAAAUCCACGGGAGUUUGCUACUGACUUCUGUGGCAGUGGGGUGAAGCCCUAUGUCAUACACACUGUGUGUAAGCUUCAACUCUCCAAACAGACUCUCCUUCACCCCACUACUGCCAAGGCUGAUUUGCUGUUGGUGAACCAGCACUUAUUAGGACAGGUGCUGUCUGGUCACUCAAAUGGAUUGCCAGAACUUUUUGCUAGUUUCAGUUUCUCUGUUGAAGUGUUUCAGGUUCUUCAGGGCAUGACCCAAAGUCAGUUAUAUCCGUAAGAAGAUGUCAAUAGACUGAAACAGGUUUUGAAUCAAACGUUUUUACAGAUUUGUGUGGAAUGGAUGGCCUCAUUUAACGGGGGAGAAGAGAGUGAACUGAGCCUAAAAGACAAGGCCACUACCUCAGGGAUGUGAUCAAAUAGGCCAUGGUUGCCUUCAACAUGGCAAAGAUAAACUGCAAGGUGCAAAAGGUGGUUGCUGCACUGUUGUUUUAUCUGGAAUGGUCAACUCUGACUUUGGAACAAGUAAUUAAAAUUAUCUCCACAUCUAAUAGAGUAUCUAACAUGAAUGGUUUGGGUUUGUGGGUUUUUUUCCCCCAGAUAAUUCCCCAGACUUCUGGAUUUAAAUUCAGGAUAAAAUAACCACCCCCGUCAAACAAACAGAAGCUAGAAAACAAAUAGGAUUUGUCUAUUUUUCUUCUUUCCUAAUCUUAAACCAUUAUGCAAUAUGAUCUCCCCCUCACAAUGGAAGUCCUAGCUGAGCAUUUGCCUCUUUGAACAAGCUGCUUCAUACUCCUAGUGCAUUGCAGUCUAAGUUUUGAGAUUUUCCAGUUAAUGAAAGGCACAGUAGCAAAUAAAAUAACUAAUGCCCUCUUAGUGGAUCUGUUGAUUGGAUUCUUUCAUUAAUUCUCUAUCUCAAGAAAACCAUCCUACUCCAAGAUUCCCAUCAAGUAAACCUGUAGGCAUUUUAAAGCUUAUGGCCGUGAUUUCCUAUCUGCCUGUCCCCAAGAAACAGUUAAUUUGAACUGGUAGUGUAGCAUUUUUAUCAGCAUUUCUUCGCAGCAAUUUCUUCUCUCAACUUUUCUAAGUAAGGUAAAGAGGUUUAUUUCACAUUAAAAGUGGGAGAAGGUGUUUGUUAACUCUGGUGAAGGGACUGGAUUCAGAGUAUGUUGCUCUCACGUAGAGCCUUCCAUCUGGCUUCUGUUAAGGCCAAUGUCAAAAUUCUCUGCUGGUAUCAGUUACACCAUGCACAGCAAUGUGUGACUGAAAACUCAGAGACUCACAAAAAGGGCUUGUUCUUUGGUGCAGUAUAACUCCUACUGACUUCAGUAACUUCUCUGCACUUCUCAGGAUUGCACCUGUAGUUUAGCAAGGAAAAAAAAAUAAAUCUUUAAAGGAUCAUGUGAAACCCUAUUGACUGAAAGGCAAUAGUUUAUUUUGUAGAAAAGCAGCAUUCAUUGAUCGAGUUAGAAUUAACUGUUUUCAUUUUGUCAUCACUUUUUUUAGAAAAAACAGACCACUUUUACUCAUAGAAAAAAAAAAUACAAGAAAAAUAUUUUACUGCCUUCCAAAAAUAAGCUUUGAUUUACUCUUGGAAGAUAACGUGGUUGGUAUGCUUUCUCAGGAUAGCCUCUAUCUAAUUCUGUGUGUUGGUUUUAAACGUAUCUGAAUUAAAAGGGGUUUUAAUCUCUGUCUCUUCUGUGAAAUUAGAUUGUACACAACUAAAUAUGACUGCUCUUCAUAGUUUGCUGUUCUAGCAUAGCCAUAAAAUGUAUCAAUGUAUGUGUAUAUAUGAAUAAAUAUUUGAUAACAGACACUUUAGAUUAUAUAUUUAAGCAGCCAUGUCAAAACUUUAAAGGUAGAUGGCUUCAAAAGCAAUGGUAUAAUCAUAAUACUCGCCAACUAUUUUACAAACAAACCGUGGCCUCAGCACUGAUCUCAUAUCCUUACCAGUAGUCUGAAACUCACCUUUUCUUUAAAGACCCCUUGUUUUGCCACUGCUUCUUUUCCUCUUACCGAGGCUUGUUUGAAUAAACACAGCUCCCUGUGGCUCAGUCUUCACCACUCAUCUCACAGCCAAGCAGCCUUGGUACUGCAGUACCGGGGGUUCUGCACCUCUGAGCUGCAUCUCCACCAGUUCUGAACUCGUGUAGCCUUGCACAGCACAGAAAGGAUCUGCUCGUUCUGGGAGACUGAACAUUUCACAGCCGGUGUCGUUGGUUUCCCCCUGGGACUGCUUCCCUCCUCAAAAUUACUUUCCUUCUCUUAUAUAUCUCCCAUACACAUUCCCACUGCAAUUUCUUUCUGCCUUUUUGCCUGUUUAUAACAGUACUGUAGGAAUAUCUGUGAAAUAAAAAGCUCACUGUACUGAUUUGCAGUCCCAAGGGGAAUUUACAUUAGACGUGAAGUUGUUAUUAUUUACUGAAAAGUUGGUGUUAUCUUCUUUUUUUUAAAUUAUUAUUCUAUUCCUACAAUAAUAUGAUGUUCCAUGUAAAUUUUCAUGUGCUGGCAUGCCUACAAGUUAAUAGUGUAAUAGAAUGCUCAGCUCUCAACAUUAGAGUGUUUUUAAGGUGAAUUGCAUUACAUAUGCCAUCUCUUUACAGCAAGAAUAUGGGGUUUGGCAAAACUACCUGCUGAGCAACAUAAUGAGAUUUUUGUACAAAGUACAAGUUAUUGAUUAUUAUUGUAUUUUAUUUUUCUAUGAUUUCCUAAGAGGCAUUAUCAGGUCUUACAGAUGGGGUAAGCCUGUUUAUUAAGAUAUUUAUUAGCAAAUAAAAGUUACAGUACUGGUGGUUA